AUGGCCCUGACCAUCAAGCACCUCAACGGCGACGCAUCCUUCCUUUUAACCUUUGAGCCCCUCAUAUCAGGUCCUCGGGAUCCCGAUGCUGAGAGUCCUGCCCCCUUCCGCAUUCUUUUAGACCCUUGGAUCACAGGGUCGUCAACCAUCUUCCACUCCAAGAUAUCCGUCUCGACUCACAAGCAGCCGGCUUGCGUCUCCUCCCUGCAGGAGCUUCCGGAGCCCGAUCUCGUCGUCAUCUCGCAGCACAAGAGCGACCACUGCAACGAGGCCACCCUACGUCAGUUGCCCGCCUCUGGGACCAAGACGUUGAUUCUCGCCGAGCCAGCAUCGGCCCGUGUCAUCAAGUCAUGGAAGUACUUUGACCGCCAAAAGGUUCGCACAAUCCCCAAAUGGGGUGAGUCUACCGAUCAGGGCCGUCAGGCCGUUGUGCGUAUACCAUUACCUCCCUUGGUGGCUGGUGGUGAACCAGGCGAGGUCACCGUCGCCUUCAUUCCUCAGCGGAGAGACAUAUCCGGUCUGCACAGCGCCAUCGGCAUCACUUACCGCCCACCUGGCACGACCCCCGCCGCCGCCACUCAUAUCACCCACAGCGGUGCUUGGUCUUCUCGACCGCCCUCGGUCCGUCGAGCCUUUCUCCACCCUCGAUCUGCCAGCCCCGCCUCGAGUUUUGGUGCCCAGCCCAUGACGACAUCCUCCAUCCUCACGCCGCCCGAGACUCCAAAAUCCUAUCACUCCAAUACCUUCCCCCUAGUCGCCAACGCCGGCGACUCCAACCACCACCAGCCGGCUCAGGCUCCGUUCGGACUGCCCCCGACGCCAACGUCUCUCCGCUCCUCUCGAUCCACCUCCUCCCUCCAGCUCUCGCGCCAGCUGUCGAGACUCUCCACGUCAGCAACGCAGGCCCCGCGCAGCCUCUCCCUUCUCUACUCCCCGCACGGCAUCUCGACGACGUCCCUAUCGUCCUACGUGACGUCCCACCUCGUCGCCGAAGCCGCCCUCCCGCUGACGGCGCUCCUGCACUGCUUCGACGCCGUCAGCAACCCCUGGUGGCUCGGCGGCAACAUCCUCCUCGGCGCGCCCGCGGGGCUCGAGACGGCCACCGCGCUGCGCGCCCGCGCCUGGGUGUCGGCCCACGACGGCGAGAAGGAGCUCAAGGGCAUCGCCACCGCCCUGCUCAAGACGAAGCGCUACCGGCGGGAGAACAUCGUCGAGGCCGUCAGCCCCGCUCUGCAGCGGUACAUGCACCAGCAGCAGGCGGACGAGGCCGAGGUUGCGAGCAGCCGCGCCAGCAGCCGCUGCAGCUCCGUCGUCGGCAGCGACGCAGGCGGCAGGGUUAGGCCGACGGAGGUGCUUGCACUGGGCAUCGGCGAGCAGGUCGUCAUCUGCAACGACGGCGUGUGGAACGCAGAGGUCGCCGCGCCGUCGUCGUCGCCUCCCGAGCCGACGUGGGCGCCCCCUCCUCCUCCAUCUACGAUCCAGCAUCACAAAAGAAUGCAGAGACCGUUGACCCCGGUCGACUUUGAGAUGGCCAGCUUUGAUGAGUCCAUACCGUCCAUCGAGGUUGAUGAUCUGGAUACAGCCAUGGAGCCUCAGCUCCGUGGCAUAUGCUGA